CUGAGACUGACUCUUUUCUAAGACGGCUGGUUUUGACGCGCCUUAGAGGCAUAUAAACGACGUCAAGAAAGCUUUUCUUUCCCGGUUUCCUUUGAUUACGCAUGGUUUCAGGGCCAUCCUUUUGACAAGGUACCGGAUGUAUGCAUUUUCCUCGAUUUUCCAGACAUCCCGGUAAUCAUCCUAUCUGUCCAUGCCAUCUGUUCUCCCUCGCCCAGAGUUCCUCCCGCAUCCAUCGACCCUCUCUUCUUUAGAUGCAAAUCCAGCAGCUCUGCGAAAAAAUAAUAUCAAUCAAAGCCAGAAUAUCAGAGGUGCGGGACAGUUCACCAGGACGGGCAUUUCGGAAGGACAAGACAAUAUCCAAAAGACGAGAAGGCAAUGUCGCGAGAGCUGUCAAUAUAAGGGCCGAGAUUCCUAUUUUAAUAUCAAACUCUCCGAGAUUCCUAUCAAGGACGAUCCAAAAAUACGGAAGCAGAUGGGGGACAGGAAAACAACGAUCACAGCAAAAGCUGUUAUCCGAGAAAGAGCUCCUGCCGUCACUGUUGAUGGGAAUCAUGCUCGCAAUGUAAACAACAAACACGUUGCCAUUGAGUGGAACUUGGUAGAGAUAAAUUCGAAGUAUCAAUCCUCCCAUUUUGUCAGCACCAAGUGGGUGCCACUGAUCUCCUCCUCAGCCAUUAACUCUCUAAGAGAGAUAACGCUCCCCAUCCCUGGGGUAUCCCUAAGAGGAUACUCGGAUAUGAUGGUCAAAUACGGAGAUCUGGGCACUCGCUGGAAGCGCUGGCAUCAAAAUAACGUCGAGUACAUCUCUCGCGGGUCCUCAGGAUGA